GUGGUUUUUGCGACAUCCUCCAUGCAGUUCUAGUAUGCAAUAAUGUAGUCGAACUGUUUUACACGCAAUAACUUUCCUCGAAGGGUGCACUUUUUGCCAGACCAGACGCUUAUCAUGACGGGACACAUCGAAGCAGUAAUGUUGCUACUUCCUUUAUUUUUAGUUACUUAUACAAGAGUUGCAUCUACGCCUACCUUACCCCAACAGGGAGUGUGGAGCUAUGGACAGUGCAUUAAAAUGACGUUCGGGGCUCGGUUAACCAUUCCAUAUAAACUGAUGGACGGCAGGACAGCCGAGCUUGACAUCGACGUACCUUACCAGGCAGAUUCCGAGAGUUCACACUGCAAUUCACAAGUGGCGACGUUCCUCCUCAAGUUUUUCCCCAAUCCUAACCAAGUAAAGCAACACUGGGAAUUCUCACUUACUUUCAAGAGUUAUGGAGACACAUAUAAAAUUGAAAACGCCACCGUGCAAUUUGUUAUCGAUGAUCACUUUCCGAUAACUGCUCAACAUGGAGGGCAAUGGUACCGCCAAUCCACAUCUAGCUUUAAUACAAUAGCCGCAACUGGUAGCUAUAUUGACUGUGAGAAGGUUGAAUACAAGAUGGGUAUUAAUGGUCUUACUGUCUCCCUGUUCUACGCAAAAAUGCAACCAUUCAGUCACGGGGUACCAGAUAAUGGAUACGGAACAAGGGGUCCAUGUUUGACAUAUAUCAAGGAGGAUGUAGCAACUAAAUCCGGGCCAUCAAAAAUAGCUGUUGUCUGCACCUUACUACUCAUCAUGAUGAUAGUUGCAGCUAUCGUUGGUACUGUUUUCUAUAUGCGGAAAAAAAGAGGUCACAGUAUAAGCUACCAGAGAAAUUAGCGUUUGAAUUAAAUUGAUAACGUUAGAUGAAUAUAAUUAAUGAUUAUGACGAUGAUAAUGGUGAUGACGAUAUUGAUGAUUAUGAUGAUAAUGAUGAUGAUGACGACGAUGACGACGAUGAUAAUGAUGAUGAUGACGACGAUGAUGAUUAUGAUGAUGAUGAUGGUGGUGGUGGUGUGACUGUGAUAAUAUAACACAUAAUAAUAUUAAAACAUUAUAAUUGAAUAACCAAUAAUAUUUUAACAGAGGAUUAAGAUAAACAUGUUACUCGUCCGGGUUAUGCAAAAAUAUCAUAGUCUUUCCCAAGCCUAAAAUAACCAAUAAUGAGGAAGCUAAUACGAGAAACAUGUUUGUUUUAUAUAGCUUAGGCCUAUUGGUUUGAAAUAUGUCAGUUUUUAAAAGCUUUUAUACAGUUGGGUGCUUCAAAACAUAUAUAUAUAUUUUGUUCGUUUGUUCGUUCUUAAAAGUCCAGUGGUAUAAUAAUGAUACUUAGCCAGUCGAUUGUCUUUUCAUCCAAGUGUAAUCAUUCAAAUGUAAUGCGUAAAUAAAUAUCGAAAAUGCUUCAAUUAUUACGGAAUUGAAAAUUUGAAGGAUGACCCGUAGUCGUUUGCUCUCACUUUAAUUACUGAUAAUCCGUGUAUUGAAAUCGAAUACGCAUAAUCCGUGUUUUGUGUUACUCCUUUCUGCGGCAAAACCAAUCCGUGUAAUUUUUGGGUCCGCCUCAUUGCUGUUCUUGUUCUAGUUACCAGAAAUUUAAAAGCGUCCAGCGUCGCCAGUUCUGAAGGGACGUGCAGGACAUUUUGUACACAUUUAAGGUAGAGGUGAUUUCCAAAAAAACAUUAAUCUUUUUUCAGUUGAACCCCAGGGUUCCCCCUACACCUACAAAACAAAACAGGGGUUUCAGGACUGUACAUUCUGA